AUGUGUCCACUCACAUCUCCGAGGUAUAUUACACUGAAAUUCCGUGUGAGCGUCUUGUGGUAUACAUCCUUUGGCGAGUUUCGGGAUGGUCAGUCCCUGCGGCAAUAUGCUAGCAAUAUACUGGAGGAUUGCAGCGUUAUAGACUUUGAGAGGCUCGGGGUGCUGUACAGAGGAAGAUAUCGGGCGUUUGUUACUGCACUUGAGCAGUAUAUCCUUUCUAACCCACCCGCAACCGCAGCUACAGAGUUUUUCUUGGAUUAUGCCAAAAAGACAACAUCCAUGAGGGGCGCAUCAGCAAGCACGGGGACGAGGACUGGAGAUUUUAUGCACACAGUGAACAGGACCGUGCUCGAUGAUGUCUACCGAUUUUUUUCAGGAGUGCCGAGCGAUGAAUUGGCGGCAGCAAAAGCUUUAGUUCAAUCAGUUGUCGCGAACCACUUCUUUGGUACAGGAAAGAUGGUCGUGCUGAAUCCAACAUUAUCACUGGUGGAGUUUGGACUUGGGAGAGUCUGUUAUAAAGGACACGGGCUGAUGAAGUGGGUGUAUCAAGAUCAAGACGGAAUUAUUGGGCAUGCUGAUGCAAGCGAGGAAUGCCAAGCUGUAGAGAUCUUCGAGCCGCUGGUUUGUUGUGCCCUUUGGCACUAUUUUCAGGAGAAUUCCUCCUUGCAACGGAUUCAACAGCAUCAUUUUCUGGACAAGGCCGAAUUAAGUGCCAGUUCUACUGGGGAGGUUUAUGAAACUGCGGUUGCAGAGAUGAUUGCGGAGCAUUUAGAUGGGAAGUAUCUGGCUGAUCUUUUCUCAUCGUGGAACACACAACCGAUUCCUGCUAUCUACAACAACACUGCAACUCUUGCCAGGCCCAAGGUUGAUCACCUGAAGCUCGUUGGGACUGAGACGGAGGACUUUCGUUUAAUCGAUUGGAUAAACAGCGUGACUAGCGGUGAAGACGACUUCUUUACUUUUUUUUCGACAGGCAGGAAUAAGACUUGCGGCCCAGACAUAUGGUGGUUUUUGACAGUUACGCAACGUACAGAACCUGAGCAGGCAGACAAGCUUCAAUGCGCUGGAGAACCAAGUAGUGGGGAGCAGGCAGACGAUCUUCAGUCAGUGACAACUUUCAUCAUAUGUGCAGCUCAAAUGAAGACUCUCCAGAAAAUGGCAAGGGGUGACUAUCAGAAGGCUAUCUCUUCGUUGGAUCUUAACAAGCUAUUUUUGCACAAGAAUGGUGGUCAAAAAGUUGUGACGAGGAAAAAGGACGACGAAGGUGCGAAGCGAGUGAGGGAACUCGCAAGCUUUGGGUGCCUAAAACUUGUGGUCACAACAGAUUUUGUAGAUUUGACGAAGUUUCAGCCAAAGGCUAAGCAAAAUCCAGCAAAGUUGAGGAAGUUGAACACUCCACAUUGUCAACAAGAAUGUGUUCCAGCGAUACUCGGUGUUAUUGAUAGUACAAAUAUUUGCAUGUUUGUUGAGCGAUGCAUGUCAAGGAAGGAAAACCAAAACAAUGAGCUGACUAGAGUUCACUUCAAUGAGACUUCGUCCAAUUCCACUCCUCCUUUGUCAGUGCUGCCUGGUGACAACCUUGUUCCAGUCCUCCAGCAACAGCCUAUUCUACCACUGUCCAGCCUUGCCAAAUCCAGUCUCUUGCGCCUGAUUUCCAAGUCAACACUUGAUAGAGAAGAAAGUCUCCAAAGUUCUCACCAUCAACAAGAAUGGCGGAGAGAUCAAGAAUCCAACACCCGACUCCAUCAACGAACCAGGGAGUUAGGCGGUGUACCAGAUGACGAUAUCCGUACCAACCGGUUCUUGCUUAGAGCUGGGUUUUGCAUUUCAAGUUUUCCUGCUCCACUGUCCUCUGCAGGUACUUCUUCUGGUCCUGCUCUGGUUUCCAUGGGCGCUAAGAAGAACAUUGAUGACGUCUGUGCUGAAAUUUGGGAACAGGUGAAGGAAUAUCUUCCUACCGUGCCUCCAGAGCAAUAUUUUGCUCUUAUUCUCGUAGCAGCAAGGAGUUAUGUACCUUGGAUGGCAGGGCGGUUCUAUUACUAG